GUCGAGCAGUGCUGCAGGUCUUUGAGGAAUACCAGAAGGCCCGUGUCACCUUCGUCCAGACUGUGGCGGACCUUGCGACCCGGCCGCAGAACAUCGAUGCGCUCCAGAAUGCAGGAGUUAUGGCGCUUUUGCGACCUCUGCUCUUGGACAACGUGGCAUCCAUUCA